GUCACCGUCACCACCUGAAACCGAAUCCCCGAAGAAAAUGAACUGCUUCGCACGUGCCCCACUCCCGACAGCGAUUUCACAGAAAAUUCGUGCGGUCCGCCGAGCGCCGCCGUACCCCUCCGCCACCGAAACCGUUCUCCUCCUUCCUCCGCCGCUCCACUUCUCAAUAAAUACAAAAUAAUAAAUAAAUAAUAAGAAAGGGAAGCCCUCUCUCUCCUCUCUCUUUCCCUUUCCAGCAGCGCGCCGUGCCGUUAUUUCCCCCUUCUCUUUCUCUAUUCCUGUUCCUUUUUCUCGGCACUUUCUCAGAGCACAACAAUCACUCCCUUUGGAGAAAAGGGGUGGAAAAUAUAGGAAAAACCAAGGCCACUGAACAGUGAGGAGGACGAAAGGUAAAUUUCACGGACAGACGCGGCUUGUUCUUGUUGUUGGUUUGCUGCGCUGUUUUGGCAGCCGCCAUGGGGGCUCUGGCUCCUCUCGCCGCUCCUUGGAUACCAGAGGACGAUCUUCUCUUGAAGAAUGCCGUCGAGGCAGGUGCUUCCUUGGAGUCGCUUGCUAAAGGUGCUGUGCAGUUCUCCAGAAAGUUCACCAUUCGUGAACUGCAAGACCGCUGGCAUUCUCUCCUAUAUGAUCCAAUCGUGUCUGAAGAAGCUGCUUUAAGGAUGAUUGAGUUUGAGUACACCUCGUCAGCUCUUCCAUCAAAAUUUACCAGGUGUGGGAAUUCAAAGGAUAACAAAUGUAUUACUGGAAAAAGGAAAGCUGAAAGUGUCCGUUCUAGUUACUAUGCUUUGCGUAAAAGAAUCCGUAAUGAGCCAUUUGGAUCCAUUGAUUUGGAUUUUCUUAUGGGGCCCAGCGAUAACAAUUAUGUUGGAAGUGAAGAUGUCCCUUUAUCUGGACAUUGCAUCAUAGGAGAUCCAGUUCAAGGUCUUGAACUUCAGGGUUCCAACAUGAAUAUCAUGCGCCAUACUUCAACUGAGAUUGAGGUUGGUAAUGGUGAUCCAGUCUUUCAUUCACAGUUCGAGAAUACAGCUCAAGGAGAUUUUCUAAUGCAGCAAGAUAAUCUGCCUAAUGAGAUGGCAAGUAUGAUGGGGGAGAAUUUGUCUCACCCUGGCAAUGGGAUGGUAGUAGAUGAAUUUUGCUUGCGGGAUAGAUUACCCUUGCAUGGUAAUCAGGUACAAGGAUGCCCAAAUUAUGAUGGAGACCAAGGGUUUAGUUCAGAGGCUAUCGAAUGUGGGUCACCAUUUCAAAAUUUGGAGUACUCGUGUUCCCUUCCUGAAAUCCCGCAUUGGACAUCUGGUGAAGGCAUGGCGUCGAUGCCUGUUGAACCUACUGACUGUGGUUUGAGAGGGAAAGAGCUUCGUGCUGGGGAUGGGUUUUCUCUUCACAUCGAUGCUGCUGCUGCUAAAGACUCGGAUCAAUCAGGAUAUGAUGGUAUGGUGAACAUGGGUUCUGAUUUGAGGCUAGAGAUACCAAGUGAUGAGGAGCUAAAAGAUACUACUAUUGGAACAGAGGGUUAUCUGGCUGAACUAUCACACUCUCUAUUGAACCUUACAAAUGAUGAUGAACUUCUGUUCAUGGACGUCGAUGGGAAAGAUGAUAUCAUUGAUAAGUCUUACUAUGACGGCCUUAGUUCCCUGUUGUUGAGUUCACCCAGUCAUGACGCCAAUCAAGAUCAUCUGGCUCUGACUGUUGAUCAUCCUGAAAAUCAGUUGAAGACAAGUCCUGCGCAAGUGUCCGAUGAAGAUAUCAGAAUGCACCAUGGAAGAGAUUCUGUUUGCAUUGGUGAAGUCCAGUGCCUUGAUACCCCAUCAACUUCAUACCCUGACUUUUCUGAACUCGAUUGUGAAGUUGUUUGCUGUGUGUUGAGCACAGAAGAUCCCGAGGUCCCAUGCAAUGACCAUGUCGUCUUUACCAACAACCACUCGCGUCGUAAGGCAGCUGCUACUGUAUCAAAACGAACUGUACAAACUCCUGGGAAAUUGAAUUCAUCCUCUAAAGUGAUGACCAACAAUCAACAAAAAAGUAGCAAAGGGGGGAAACCAUUGUUGCAGAUGGAUUUGGGAAAUCCUGGAAAACCACCCAAGUCUUCUCAGAAAACACUGUCACAACAAGUGACACCAGAGGUCAGUGUUCAUCGUUCAGUUGCUCAUCCUGGAGUUAGGGUUGAGUUUGCUAGGAAUGAUUACACUGAAAGGGCUUCCAGCAGUGUCGUUGCUGAUGGUGAUUCAACAACUCAAGUCAAGUCAACAAAUGAUAGAAAUACUGCAAUUCACAUGCCUGCUAAGAUGAAGGAAGAAACUUCAGGGACUGCCAUGGCAAGGCAUACAAGUCUCAGUAACACUGGCUUGUUAAUGGAAAGGCCAGCAGCUCCCGUUGGAAAUGGCUAUAAUAAGUGCCAUCGCACAACAAAUGUUGGUAGUGUUAAACAGGAAAUACAUGCUUCAUCAUCAGGUUUUCCAAUUCAGCAAGGCUCAGUUGCUGCUGUUGAGCCUGUCAAUAGUUCUGUCUCGGAACAAGGAGCAAAGAGUACGUCGGAUCAAGAAGACCUUUACCUGGAAAGUGAAGAUGAUCUCCCAUACUUUUCAGAUAUUGAAACAAUGAUACUUGAUAUGGACUUAGAUCCAGAAGAGCAGGACUUAUUCUCCAACGAGCAAGUGUUGAGAUACCUGCAACAGGAAACACAGGCUGCAAUCAUGAGGAUGGAGCAGAGCGCACAUUCAUACAUGCAAAGAGCCAUUGCUUCACAUGGAGCUUUUGCUGUUCUAUAUGGUCGUUAUUCAAAGCAUUAUAUCAAGAAGUCCGAGGUUUUGCUUGGUCGAGGGACAGAAGACACUACCGUCGACAUUGACUUGAGUAGAGAAGGACGUGCAAACAAAAUAUCACGAAGACAGGCGAUCAUUAGUCUGGACCAAAGUGGAUUUUUCCACCUGAAGAACGUAGGCAAAUUUUCCAUCUCAGUCAAUGACAAGGAAAUAACCCAUGGCCAGAGUCUAAACCUUACUCCCAGUUGUCUCAUCGAGAUAAGGGGGAAGCCAUUUGUGUUCGAGGUAAACCAAAGCUGCGUGAAGAGGCAUCUUGAACGCUCAUCGACCCAAGAGCUGCUGCAAUCCUGAAGUGAAGCACAUAGGAAAUCUCCCUGACUGAUUAUCAGAAGGUGCUCAUAUAUUUUUUUACACCAGCUGCACUUUCUGGGUUUUCCUUCUCCUCCCCUUCUUAUGCCUCUGUAAAUUUCUUCUCAUGUGAAUGAAUCCCUUCCCAACAAGGAUAGUCUAGAAAAAUUAAAUGUCUAAUCCCAUAGUAGUUAGCCCUCCGACAACGUGCUUAUGAAAUCUAUGCAAUGGGACCCCAGUUCUCAUUUAUGGCGUGCCCUUUACUUGUGCCCUUCAUAAUUAUCUGGUCUACCCCAGGAUAUUAAGGCAAGCAAAAUGUCCUGUCGUAUGGUCAAUUUACAGAAAUGGCCAUGCAACUUUGCUCACUGAAAAAUUGGUCACUCCGAUUUUGAUUUUUAACGAACUUGCUAUUGAAGUUCGAAUGUAGCAGUAACUCGUCAUUCCCUAUCACGUUCUUCGUCCAAGUUUUCCAAAUCAAAUUAGGUAUCGGGU